AUGGCUGAGAGAGCAGCUGUAAUAUCAAGAGAUGAAGAGGAGAUCCAAAACAGCAGUGAUGAUGAAGACAGUUUUCCUACUCAAGUUGCUGUAACAGCAUCCCCUGGUUGCUCUGCCUGCCCUUCACUAGACAGCCUUGAUGAAGACAAGGGAAGCUCAGCAGAGCCAGAAAGACUGUCUGUCCUCUCCAGCAGGGCAGUGGCCCAGCUAAAAGCCCCAGCUGGCCCAGAGAUGGUUUGUGGUGGCCAGGCACAGAGGACAGUCCCUGGGCUGGCUGAGCAUCCUCUGGCAGCUGUAGAUGCAUCCUUAGGUGCCUCCUCAUGCCCUGCAGCAGUUGAUAACCUGCUGCCUGUGCACCUUGCCUCCCUGUAUGCCAAAAGCCUCUGCUGUGAUGGCAAACUGAAUUCAGAGAUGCUGCAGGUCCCGAGGGCGCCUGGUGAGGCCCAGCAGUCAGGGACUGACACCCAGCAGGCAGGGAGCAGCACCCAGAGCAGCAUGGCCUCCUGCAGUUUGGACCGUGUGAUUUGGAUGAAGACCACAACAGUAAUGGAGACCUUAGAAAAUAAGAAGAAGGAGGAAAAGGAGAAGUACCGGCUCCAGCUAGCAAUGUACCGACGGCUCCUGCUGCUGCGCUCCAUCAGGAGUUUGCAUAGGCAGCUGGAGCAGCAGCAGGCCAGGCUGCAGGAAUGCUAUGGCAUGGUGAUAAAUACAAAGAAAGAAGUGUUGAAACACAUUUGCCCAACCUCGCCCUCACUUUCACCGUAA